CUUGCAUGCAAUAGUAGACAACUUUGGAAUAUUUCAGAUGAGGAUAGAUUAAGCAUUAAGGAAGGGCACAGAGGAAUAUCUUCUAGCUAGGGCUUGGCUUGGCUUGGCUUGUCCUUCUUCAAUUCCCUUGUGUAUUUAAGUCACCUACGCGCGCCAUGGUUACCGUAUUAGAGAAAGCAUUUGGCUCCAUCAUAUCUGCCAUUGCACACUGUUACUUUCGCUAUCGGGACAUCCACAACUUCGACGACAACUUCAACCACAACAUGCCAAAGGGUCGUCCACUCUCCUUGCAGACUGUGGAGCUCAGAGUAAGGAUGUGUUGCACUGGCUGCGAGAGAGUUGUCAAAGAUGCCAUUCACAAGCUUAAAGGGGUUGAUUCGGUGGAGGUGGACCUAGAGUUAGAAAAGGUAACUGCGGUCGGGUACGUUGAUCGAAACAAGGUGCUCAAGGCAGUGAGGAGGGCUGGAAAGAGGGCUGAAUUCUGGCCAUACCCGGAACCACCGUUGUACUACACAUCCUCCGAUCGCUAUUUCAGAGACACUACUCAUGAGUUCAAAGAGAGUUACAACUAUUAUAAGCAUGGCUACAAUCUCGGCGACAGGCAUGGGACCAUUCCGAUUAGUCAUCGGGGAGACGACAAGGUCAGCAACAUGUUCAACGAUGACAACGUCAAUGCCUGCUGUCUCAUGUAAUUCAGUAAUUGUAAUAUAUAAUAUCUCUGACGACGUGGAGCAGCUAGCAGUACCAUCAUCAUCAUCAUCAUCAUCGAUCACGCAUGUGUAAUAUCUAGAGGCAUAAUUUGUAUGGUCGAUCUGGAUGGAAAAUCAUGAUCCGGCCGUCAAUCUCUUUAUGUAAAGCUUUGUUUGUUUGUUUCUUAUAGCUAGGAGUGGGGAAUAUAUUCAAUGGAACAGUUAUCCAA